GUCUUCCGGUGACCCACUUCCGUUACUUGCUGCUGAGGACUACGUUCUCCUGGGGUCGGUGAAGGAUCCCAAGAUGGCUGGACGCAAACUUGCUCUAAAAACCAUUGACUGGGUAGCUUUUGGGGAGAUCAUUCCCCGAAACCAGAAGGCUAUUGCUAACUCCUUGAAGUCCUGGAAUGAGACCCUCUCCUCCAGGUUGGCUACUCUGCCUGAGAAACCACCAGCUAUCGACUGGGCUUACUACAAGGCAAAUGUUGCCAAGGCGGGCUUGGUGGAUGACUUUGAAAAGAAGUUUAAUGCCCUGAAAGUUCCUUUGCCAGAGGAUAAAUAUACUGCACAGGUGGAUGCUGAAGAAAAGGAAGAUGUAAAAAGUUGUGCUGAGUUUGUCUCUCUCUCAAAGGCCAGGAUUGAAGAAUAUGAGAAACAGCUGGAGAAAAUAAAGAACAUUAUUCCAUUUGAUCAGAUGACCAUUGAGGACUUAAACGAAGUCUUCCCAGAAACCAAAUUAGACAAGAAGAAGUAUCCCUAUUGGCCUCACCAGCCCAUUGAGAAUUUAUAAAACUUGAAUCCAGGAGGAAUCUCUGCCCUUGUAUUACAAACUCUGCACAUUAAAAAUAUUAAUUAUAUAGUU